AUGAGGAUCUUCACCAGGAAACUUCUGAAGGUUGGCGCUGCUGCUGUAUGCGUCAUUUGCCUGCUGUAUGCGUAUCAGUCAAGCUUACAUAAUCAUGUUUCGAAAAGCUUAACUGAAGACAUCGCGGCCCAUCUUGUCAAGGACAAGGAGCCAUUCUCCUCUCCCAGUGAGAUUUGUAGCCAGUACUUCCGAAAACUCUACGAACUCGAGCCUAAUUGGUGGAACAGCUAUUCUGAGGGUUGGCAAUUGGCGGCUACGGACUACGAAACAGAAAACUUAAGACUGAUUAUGGAACGCCUCCGAACUUAUGAAAAAUGUCUUGAAAUUGGGGCUCUUCCCUCUAAUAUUCAGGAUAUUGAUAAGCGCAUGUUCCCCUUUAUAAGGUUAGAACAAUCGCCAAUCUUUGAGAGCAGUGACCUAAAAAAAGCCUAUCAAAAUGGGCAGUUCCCAUCGAUGUCAAAUGGCGCUAUAUCCAAAUAUCGAUACAAUCCCCAGCAGUCGUGGUUAGCCAACUGGAAUCGGACCUCGCAAGAAACUAGCGGCCCUACUCGUGGGAUAGUCUUGUCUUUUCCUGAUGCGCAUGCCUCCCUUGUCGUUAGGCUCUUAAAAGUACUUGAGCACCAAGGGAAUCGACUUCCGAUCCAGAUCAUUCAUAAGGGUGAUUUAUCAGACUAUUCAAGAUCUUUAAUAUCUCGGUCACUACCGCCAAAUCAAAGACUAUGGUUUGUCAAUGUCAAGCCAAUGCUUGACCCACAUUUUAUUGACGACUUUUCUUUGUACCGAAACAAGUGGCUGGCCAUGAUUUUCAAUACUUUCUCUACACCCAUCUUUAUUGAUGCAGACGCUGUUUCUGUGCAACCAGUCGAGGACUACCUACAAUCUGAGGCGUACGUAGAGUCUGGAACUAUUUUCUUCAGAGACCGCGCUUUUGCACAUAAAUUCGACUACGAAUAUUGCGUUCCACUCCUUAAAGCCUUGCAGCCAAGUCGGUUAGAAACACUGUAUUUUGGUCAGAGAAGGUUGAUCGACGAACAACUCAUGAUGUCUGAUAGUACCUCUCUAGAACAAAGGAUUGUUCAAAGUUUCUUUGUGGGUGGACAACGUCACCAAAUGGACAGUGGACUCUUGGCGGUUGACAAGUCAAAACAUCUUAUGCCACUCAUGGCGGGGGUUUUUCUAAACCUGGCGCCGAAACUUUCAAAAUGUACGCAUGGAGACAAAGAGACGUUCUGGCUUGCGUUUUUGUUGACGAACCAUGCUUACAGAUUUCAUCCAGAAGAGGCUAGUGCAAUCGGAGAAGAUGACGGUUCUGGCGAGGUUUGCUCUGUCCAACUGGGGCAUACAUCUUCUCAUGGAACCUUGCUUUGGUUUAACAGCGGGUUUAGAGUGUGUAAGUUUGCAGACGCGAUUGAUACCGAUUGGGAAGGAUAUCCAAAAGAGUAUUUGCACGAAACAUUUGCCUCCAUCCAAGAAGCUCGAGAGUAUUACGAGUCCAUGACAAAUAUAAAAGCGGCAGUCCUUCCCGACAUAUCCGUGAACCCAUGGACUGGAGGAUUCGCGGACCUUUGUAUCGGAUACAGGUACUGUGCUAGAGUAUCUCCAGGAAGUGGGCAGCUUAUCAAUUUUAAUGCUGAAGAGCAGAAAAAGAUGCGGGAGAUCGGCAACGCCUGGAUGAGCGCUACGGAAGCUGAAUUGAAUUUUCGCGCCUGA